UCUUUGUCAAUUGUCGAUAAAAAUAGCAAAAAAUUCCAAAUCACUUACCUCAACAUGCCAUGUGUUGUUGCUCAACUCACUAUUUAUAUGCUCCACGCUUGUCUAAUUUGUAGCAAAUUAAUUUUAAGUUUUUAACCCUCCAAAAAUCUCAAUUUCAAACACCACAUUCUUCUUCUUCUUCUCCUCCAAAUCCCUUCAAAACUUUCCAUUAAUGGAAAACUCUCAGGCAUUAGCCACAGAGAGCUUUUCCUACAGCUGGUUGGUCGUCGCGCCGCCGCCUCCCAACCUCAGACGAGUCGAAAACGGCGGCGGCGACGACGACAAUUUCCACUUCGACGUCCCUUCAUCUGCCGAAUUCGCGAAUGCAGAUGAAAUAUUCUCGGAGGGGCGGAUCAGAACCGAGGCCGCCGCCGCCGCAGCCGUUGCUCCUGCUGCGGCGGCGGCGGACAGAAACCGCUGUUGCAUCGUCGGAAAGUGGUCGAAGAAGUUCUUGCGCACGUGUUUAGGGUUCGUGCGGUGCUCGAGCAAAAGCAGCAGAGUGGAUGAUCUUCAACGGAAGGUUCUCGAAGCUUCUUCGCCACCCUCCUCCUCAAUUGUGGAUUUGGGUGGUUGUGAUUAUGAAUAUUACUGUCUGAAAAUGGACAAGAAUAGUUGGAGAAGCUCUCCGACUUCGACGAGUAGUUACGUUUGUUGUGAUGAUGAUAAUGCUGAUGAGAGCUCAAUCCGUGAAGCUAUUCUCUACUGCAAAAGAUCAAUAGAGAAAUAAAGGAGCUUUAUGCAAGGCGGUGGAGAUUUGAGAUAAUUAAUGCAUGCAUUGAUUAAGAAUUAGGGAUUCAUCAAGAGAUUGAUAUAUUGUCGAUCCUAAUUAUUGUGAAUAAAUUAUUUUUUUACAUAGGAAAUUAGUGUGUAGCAGUAGAUUUUUUUUUUUCCAGUUGUUGUAUCAGAAAUAAUUCGAACAGUUUUGGGAAAGGAUAUCAUCAUUUGUGAGAAGAAGGGAGCAUUCCCUUAUCAGAUAGGAUAACUUAUUGGCAUU